UCUGGAGGGUGCCUGCAGCGUCUGAAUUCCUGUGCUGCGACUGUGCCGCGCCCAGAGCAGCAGCUACUGCGACGAUGCCAGGCCAUUACCUGUUUGAUCCCUGCGGGAAAGCUGGCACCGGCCAACUUUUGCCAACCGUCAGGCCGGGAAGUUGCAAGGACUAGUGGAAGCGCCGGAGGGGCCAGGGCAAGGGCGCGCUCCCCCGUGCGCUGCCUCCUCCCUCCUCGCGCCCGCCGCCCGGGCCCGCGGCCUCUCUCCCGCCCGCGCGCGCUCUCCCUCCGCCUGCUUCCCUCCUCCGGCCCCCUCCACGCGGCACAGGGCGGGGGGUGCCGCGAAACUCCGACCUGAGCCGCUUGGACUUGCACAGUGUCCUCGGGGCUCAGGGGCCGAGCGCACGCAGUCACAAGCGCAGCUCUCUGCCUCCCUGCCAGUCUCGCCUGCGAUUCCGGCCCGGGGCUGUGGCGUCGGUUCGGACCAAGGCAGCCAGAACCCGCACGGCAGCCGGACCACCGUCAGAGGAGCUCGGACGGCAUGCUGAGCCCCCUCCUCGACUGAAGCCGGGUGCCCAGAAGCCCCGGCCAAGCAAGCGCAGGCUAAGGAGACCCAGGCAGCAAAGGCGUGAGCCAGUGGCAGCGCAGCAAGCGGAGGAGCAAGAGGAGCCAAAGGCAGAAAGGGCCCCCCAAAGAAGUGGUGGUGGUGGGCGUCGUGGCCAUGGCGGCGGCUAUCGCUAGCUCGCUCAUCCGGCAAAAGAGACAAGCCCGCGAGCGCGAGAAAUCCAAUGCCUGCAAGUGUGUCAGCAGCCCUAGUAAAGGCAAGACCAGCUGCGACAAAAACAAGUUAAAUGUCUUUUCCCGGGUCAAACUCUUUGGCUCCAAGAAGAGGCGCAGAAGGAGACCAGAACCUCAGCUUAAGGGUAUAGUUACCAAACUAUACAGCCGACAAGGCUACCACUUGCAGCUGCAGGCAGAUGGAACCAUUGAUGGCACCAAAGACGAAGACAGUACUUAUACUCUGUUUAACCUCAUCCCUGUGGGUCUUCGAGUGGUGGCUAUUCAAGGAGUUCAAACCAAGCUGUAUUUGGCAAUGAACAGCGAGGGAUACUUGUACACCUCGGAACAUUUCACACCUGAGUGCAAAUUCAAAGAAUCAGUGUUUGAAAAUUAUUACGUGACAUACUCUUCGAUGAUCUACCGUCAGCAGCAAUCUGGCCGGGGGUGGUAUCUGGGUCUGAACAAAGAAGGAGAGAUCAUGAAAGGCAACCACGUGAAGAAGAACAAGCCUGCAGCACAUUUUCUGCCCAAACCACUGAAAGUGGCCAUGUACAAGGAGCCGUCUCUGCACGAUCUCACGGAGUUCUCCCGAUCUGGAAGUGGGACCCCAACCAAGAGCAGAAGCGUCUCUGGUGUACUGAACGGAGGCAAAUCCAUGAGCCACAAUGAAUCAACGUAGCCAGUGAGGGCAAAACGAGGGCUCUAUAACAGAACCUUACCUCCAGGUGCUGUUGAAUUCUUCUAGCAGUCCUUCAUCCAAAAGUUCAAACUUAUCAGUGAGGUUUACCAAACACACAGGCAGAGUUCCCUAUUCUAUCUGCCAAUAGACCUUAUUAUCAUCCGUACUAAAGCCCCAUAAUUUAGACUGAGCUUGAGCAAUAGAAUGCCAAGCAUUAUCAAUGAACUAAACCUGGAAGAAGGACUGCCAAAUUUUCUCGUGAUCUCACCUAUACUUUGGGGAUAACACAGUAAAAACAAUUUCACAGCACUAAUGCUGAUCAAUUUGCUUCCCAACUAAGAAAACUUAAAAGACCACAGCUCUUCUUUAAAACAAAACAAAGUUAACUGCUUAAAUGUUUUGUAGGGGCAAACGGAUUCUGUGAACUGUGUUCUUUCCUUGGCUUCAUGUUUUCUAUCUAUGCUUGACUCAAAUGUGCUCUUUACUUUCAUAUAGUGCAACUUUAUGAUCUCUGAAAUUCAAUGGUUCUAUUGACUCUGUCACUUAAUCCAAAUCAACCAAAUUCAGGGUGGAAUCUGAGUUGGCAUCUCAGGCUCAAGUUAACAGUGUUCUUACAGUUUUUUCUCCCUCUCCCUCUCCUUCCCACUUCCCUCCUAUUCUCUUUUCUCUCU